AUGCGAUAUCAGGACAGUUUAGUAAAUGAUAUGGUGCCUGAGGUAACAGAAGCAGCUCAUAUAAGAAAGGGUUUAGUACAAGAACAUUAUCCACACAGCUCGGAUUCGACGAAUUCACAGGAUGAGAACAUAAUGGAAUGCAUUGUACUGGAGACCGAUUUUCACGAAAAAAAAANAAAAAAAAAUCAACUGGGCAAAACUUAUGACUUUAGUCACAAGUAUGAGAUCGAAUACGGUGAUGACGCAAGUCAAGAGCAACAGCUGAAUUGUGAAUAUCGCUUGGCGAAGGAUUUAUCAUUCUAUGCGUCGGGAUAUUUGACUCAACAUCAAUUUGACGACUGUAAACGAUAUUAUCAGAAGGCAUUUCACCUGAAAACGACGCAACGAACUCAGUUCGAUGCUGUUAAAGCGAGCAGCAUAAAGCAGCAUUUGAUCAUCGACUUCUGUCAACUGGAAAUGUGUGCUUGA